GGAAGUGGGGUUGUUCAUUCACUAGCGUUCCAGGCUAACUCAUUUCGUAUGCUCCUGGAAGACAUGGGGGCUGUGUUUCACAGCCAGAACUGACAGCGCUACUGCUGAGAGUCUACUGCUACAAGGAAACACAACUCAGAGCCCUUUUCAUAUCAAGCUGCCAGGUGAGGCCUGAACAUGGAGUCUAUGCUGAACAAGCUGAAAAGCACCGUCACAAAGGUGACGGCGGACGUCACCAGCGCUGUCAUGGGCAACCCGGUGACGAGGGAGUUUGAGGUUGGACGACACAUUGCCAGCGGGGGUCCUGGCCUGUGCUGGAGGAUCUACAACGGCACCAAGAAGUCCACCAAACAGGAAGUGGCAGUGUUUGUGUUCGAUAAGAAGGUGGUUGAUAAGUAUCAGAAGUUCGAGAAGGACCAAAUAAUCGAGUCGCUGAAAAAAGGAGUGCAGCAGCUGACCAGACUGCGUCACCCCCGUCUCCUGACUGUGCAGCAUCCCCUGGAGGAAUCACGCGACUGCUUGGCGUUCUGUACAGAGCCGGUGUUCGCCAGUCUGUCCAACGUGAUGGGCCACUGGGACAACCUGCCCAGCCCCAUGCCCAAUGACAUCAAGGAGUACAAACUCUAUGAUGUUGAGACCAAGUAUGGCCUGCUACAGAUCUCCGAGGGUUUGUCCUUCCUCCACAGUGGCGUGAAAAUGGUCCACGGGAACUUGUGUCUGGAGAACAUCAUCCUCAACAAGAGCGGAGCCUGGAAGAUCAUGGGCUUCGACUUCAGCAUCUCUUCCACCAACCCCUCAGACGCUGAGCCUAAGUACACAUGUAAAGAGUGGGAGCCCAAUCUCCCUCCGCUCUGCCUCCCCAACCCGGAGUACCUGGCCCCUGAGUACAUCCUGUCCGUCAGCUGUGACUCAGCCUCCGACAUGUACUCGCUGGGCGUGGUCAUGCACGCCGUCUUCAACGAGGGCAAGCCUGUUUUCCAAGUUAACAAGCAUGACAUUUUCAAGAGCUUCAGCAGGCAACUGGACCAGCUGAGCACCAUGAGUCCAGCCCUGUUGAACAAGAUCCCAGAGGAGGUGCGGGAGCACGUCAAAAUGCUGCUCAGCGUCACACCCAACGUCCGUCCAGAUGCAGACCAGAUGACCAAGAUUCCAUUUUUUGAUGACGUGGGUGCUGUGACCCUGCAGUACUUUGACUCCCUCUUCCAAAGGGACAAUCUGCAGAAGUCCCAGUUCUACAAAGGCCUCCCCAAAGUGCUGCCCAAACUACCCAAGAGAGUGGUGGUGUAUCGAAUCCUGCCGGCGCUGACCUCCGAGUUCAUCAACCCAGACAUGGUUCCCUUCGUGCUGCCCAACGUGCUGCUGAUCGCCGAGGAGUGCACCAAGGACGAGUACAUCCGCCUCAUCCUGCCCGACCUCACGCCUGUUUUCAAGCAGCAAGAGCCAGUUCAGGCUAGUAAUAUGAUCCUGCUGAUAUUCCUGCAGAAGAUGGAUCUGCUGCUGACUAAGACACCAGCGGAGGACAUUAAGAACAGCGUGCUACCUAUGGUCUACAGAGCUCUGGAGGCCCCUUCUGUACAGAUCCAGGAGCUGUGCCUCAACAUCAUCCCGACGUUUGCCAACCUGAUUGACUACCCUUCCAUGAAGAACUCCCUCAUCCCUCGAAUCAAAUCAGCCUGCCUACAGACCUCCUCGCUCGCUGUCCGUGUGAACUCUCUGGUGUGUCUGGGGAAGAUUUUGGAAUAUUUAGACAAGUGGUACGUCAUCGAUGAGAUCCUGCCCUUCCUACAACAGAUCCCCUCCAGAGAACCGGCAGUACUCAUGGGCAUUCUAGGAAUCUAUAAGUGCACCUUCAGCCACAAGAAGCUGGGCAUCCCCAAAGAGAAUCUUGCCACCAAGAGCCUGCCCCACCUGGUCUCUCUUAGUAUAGACAACAACCUCAACCUUAACCAGUUUAACUCGUUCAUGAUGGUCAUACGGGACAUGCUGAGUCGUAUGGAGGCUGAACACAAGACCAAGCUGGAGCAGCUACAUGUCAUGCAGGAGCAGCAGAGGAGUAUGAACAUCUCAAACCCAGGGAGCCAAUCAGAGGAGACAAAGAGCCCACCUAGCUCUGGAACCCAGAUUGAUGAUAUCUUUGGCAGCAGCGGGGUUAAUGGGAAAGAAAACGGAUCUGCAGCAGCCGCCCCGCAGCCUAAUAGAAUGUCUCUGACUCUAGAGGAGAAGCAGCGCUUGGCUAAGGAGCAGGAGCAGGCAGCCAAACUGAGGAACCAGCAACCACUAGCACCACAGACUGUCAGACCAGCCUCCGCCAACAACUCAAAGACUAAGGACCUGACCAGCAGCCUUCUCAACAACAUGACAUCUCUGAACAGCCUUUCUUUGGCGAACCAAGCGCGACCAGCCCCAGUGCAGGGCACCACCAUCGCUGCCUUCCCCGCCCCCGGCCCCAUGAUGGGCCCCAUGGGCGCCCCUGUCUCCAACGGCUUCAACCAACCAAUGGGCUUUCAGACUGGAGGCAUGGGGAUGGGCAUUCGCCCCGCAGGCCCUGGCCUCUACGGCGGCAUGGCCACCACCACCAGCACCCCAAACUUUGGAGCCCUCACGCAGAAUCAAGGACAGACGAAUAAAGCCCCCGACUUGUCAGCCUUGGACAGUCUUUUUACACCCAGCCAGCCCAAAGUCACCCUCAACCAAAUGGGCCCAAAGCCUACAACCAACACCCCUUGGCUCAAUCAGUUUAGCUCACCCCAGAACACUCAGACUGCGAUGCAGGGCGCACCAGUAGGUAUGGGAGGAGUGCCCAGCGGGUUUGGGAUGCAAGCAAACCCUUUUUUCAGCCCGCAGAACUUUUCUCAACCUGCGGCUGCUGCUGCUAGCCUGAACCAAAGUGGAAUUAAACAGAGUGCGUCUGUCAACAAUGAUCUGAAAGACUUAUUCGGCUAAACUUGCAUUUAAAAAAAAAAAAAAAAAAGAAGAGAUGCCAGUUGAGUAUAUUCCUUUAUAAUAACUUUGGAUGGAUGAGCCUUGAAUUCUCACAGAACAAAAGACUGAAAAAUCCUUUCAAGGGUGUUGCUGUGUGUAUUUUUAAUCCGACCUGGUUUAAAUUCUGACUCUCGCUCACAUUCAGCUGGCAAAUUCCAUUUGUACUGGACCAGAAGGACAACCGGUUGGGGGCGGGAACAUCUUCUUCUUCUAUGCUGUGUUCUUUAAAUGCUGGGGGUUUCCUACUGUUUUGUACUUGUUGGGAGUCCAAAUAACACAGGUUGGGAUGAAUCCCAACUGAGUUUAUUCAGGAAGGUUUUGUGUUCAUAUCAUGAAUGAUUGGAUGGAUGAAGUGGAUUAAACACGUUUCUUCAGAAUCGGCACUUAACAUUGGCAGAAAAAGAUGACGGGGGGCAGAAAAGUGGCUCAGUUUCAGGCUUCUGUACCUUUUUAUUUUUAUUGCGUUUCCAGACUAUUUUAGGGUUUUGCUGCAUGUCUAAAGUGAUCAGGGGGUUGGCUUUAAAAACAAACGCAGCAUACAUCAAAAUGUCUGAGCCCUGUGGGAGGUAGCUUUGAGUGUAGCACCAACUAGCCUGCAGUCACUGAUCUGCAUCCAGGAGGCUCCUCCGUGGAGAAAAUCGGAGCCUCGCUGUUUCUCUGCAGCACCAGAAACCUCCAUUUCCUGGACACAAAUUGGACCAUUGAUUCAGUCCGGUCACCAUUUUUGGAUUCAUUCUCUCUAUCAUUGGCUUUUCUACGCCUGCAGAACUCGAUUUUUUUUUUCAUUUCUUGAUUUGACAUCUGAGCAAGCUUGUUGAAAAAAGGUUUAGUUUUGUCUUUCUUUGGUGACAAAAGCUCACCCGUGUUUCUGUAAAUGGCUGUAUGAAUGACUUAUUUGUGGAGUAGCUAUUUUUUUUUUUAACAAGAUGCUAAUGUCAAUGAAUGAGGACCAUAUGCACUGCUUAGGCUGUCGUGCCUUACACGGGUACAUGUGUAGAACUAGACAGGCAGCAGUCAUCUAUUACUCGAAGUAUUAAUACUUUUUCUCUUUUAAUCAGCUGUCUGCUCUCACAUUUGCUUUGUCGCAUGUUACUGAAAUUGACUACAGAAGAUCUGAAGUUUGAUAUAUUUUUUUUCUUUAACAUCUCUCCUAACAAUGAUUCCAUUUUUUUAUUUCACACAUCCAGCCGCAUUCUCUCUGAUGAGGUGUUUAAGAGGCUCUGAAAUCCUCCCUGUGCACCAUUUCUGUUGAUCAAAUUUGUACACUGAUGAAGAUUUUCACUCUAUAUUUUGAUUGCUGUCAGAGGACCUGUGCUGAUGACAAUAUUAUUAUUAUUAUUAUUAUUAUUAUUAUGUGUAAAUAUAUAGUUAUUUAAAAAUGGAUUGCUCUGUGAGGGCCUUGGCAUUUUUAUGUCCUUGUGAUAAUGGUUAAGAGGCCUUAGAUGAGUCGUGUGCAAUAAUCCUUAUCGGCCGUGAAGGGUGCGUAUCGCGUCCGUUACCUUCAUCUCAGCUGACCUACAAUAAUUUCAUAGGUCCGUCAGAUUUUUCUAAACAGCUUAACAUCGAUGUGUACUCAUUCUAAAUCUUACAUUUGCGAAGAGAUCUACACCAUUUUAGGGUUUUCAGCUGCACCUUGGUCACACUGUGUUUCUGCUGACAAUGAUUGUCGUUAACAUGCUGGAGUGUAACGUCUUUUACUGGGUUCACUUUUUGUUUUCUUUGUGAAAAUAACGCCUGCCUGUUGAAGGUGAGCUAUCUCGUGUUACCCGCCAGUGAAUUUGACUCGUCAGGUUCCCUUCUUCCUUUUUUUUCUAUGAUUGGAGCAUUUCCGCCUGUAGAUUGACAUGCAGUACGUGGCAGUUUUUUUGAUUUCAUCGCACAGUGAAUGUGAUCUGUGGUGCGCGUGUCACAUGUUCUAGCAGAACCCCAAGGCAGAAAAAGUAAAGCUUAUUCUUCUACGAGAUUGUUUGUAUACCACUGCUGUCAUAUUACGUGUAGUGUGGCUCUUGUUUUAUGUGUUGAGGUGCUGGUCUCUGAGGUGGUCCAAUGGAAAAUCUGUACAUACAAAGGAAAGUACACAAUCUAAUACCUUCAAACGGUGGUCGUUUAUUUGUGUGAUGUGUUGAAAACACUACUUAAGACAUUGGAGUUAAUGUAGCUUUAAUUUAGGAAAGAAAGAAGCUACAGCGAAGAAAACAUGAUGGUAAUAAUGAACAUUUUAAGAUACAUACACACUUUCUGCACACUGUUUAUAGGCAGUGUUUAAUUAAAGAUCCUCCUCCACACAAAA